AGAGGAAGUUUCUCCACCAGUGUGGGAGUGACUGUGGUGGAGAGUGGGUGUGUGUCACUGCCUCGCCGGAUAUAUUACGACAUAAUCGAUUUGAGCAGUGUUCGCGCGCGCUCACUGUAAGAUGAGCGGCUGGCCAGAAGUGUCGGCGCGAGCCCUAGCAGAGGACCCAGCAGGAAAACACGACUUCUAGGGCUGUGCGGGGCCGUUACCACAGACUGUGCCAGGAUCCGGGUGUUGGUGGUAACGCUGCAGCCGGACAAGUCAGAAGGGGAAAAUACGACUUGACCUCCACAAAGGAAAGUGAAGACACAGAGGACGGAACGGAUAGUGGGACUGAACUCAAUAGUUCCUUAGACGAGCAGCCUAGCUCACCUAAGGAGACUUUAAGGCAGCCCCGCAAGUCUUCAAGUUGUAGUGGGUUGAGAGCUACUGGCGGGCAUAGCACACGUGGUUAUACCAGUCUCAGUGGCUCGGAGUCACCGUCUUCCCUCAAGAAGUCGCAAGGAUCAAGCAAGAGCAGUAUAAGCAGCAGCAGCGGCGCCGUCAAGAAGCGAGUGAGGUUCUCUCAGAGUGUGAGUGUAGUUUGUCCACCUACAACACGCCUUACCACCUUCACCAAGCAGUCUCUGGGAGCCAUUGGGGCCUUGGCCAUCAGGGAACGUUAUGGCGAAGGUAGUGACUGUCUGUAUGCCAGCUUCAGCCCUACGUCUCAUGCACUGAGACGACAGAGGCUAGGCGCCGCUGCCGGAGAGUACAACCUUGUUCCUCUUAGCUCAAGAACUGCCCUGAGAUCUGAGAGCAGCGCCGGUGCUAUUUCCCGCAGCACUAGUAGCAUCUUCUGCACAAGCACCAGUUCUGGGCAGGAGCCCAUCAGAGUGAAGAUGUUGUCGUAUAUGUUACCAGUGGAGGAGAAGGUGAGCUUCAGUGAGGGCGACGCCUCCUCCUUCACGCCUCUCAGUGACGACCGCUCGCCCAUUUCUGAAACAAAACCUCUACUGGACGAAGACAAGACUGACAAACUGGCCUCCAUCGGUGAGCCUAUACAACUGGAUUCUCCCUCCACCGAAGAGGCCAAGCUUAUCAUGGAGGAGAAGGAGAAGGAGAAGACUCAUGACCCAGACAUGGAGAUGGUGGAAAUGAAACCCACCAGUAGUGAGGACAGGAGCCCGGCGGCCAGUGAAGACAAAUCAGUGUUUAGCGAGACUCUGGCCUCGCCAGGUUCAGACGACCGCUCCAUCAUCAAGACCUCAGUUUCAGCUAAACCAAAUCUUAAAAGAGUGUCGUUUGGGUCGAGCAAGGGGUCGAUGGUGGAGACUCUUAUCUACGACUCCCCCGUCGCUGAGGAGGAGAGAAUACCUGAAGAAGAGACACCUACCUUCAGAGAUCCUGUCUCCCAAAUGUUCGGGACUGAGACAGGGACGCAGCAGAAGCCAGCCUCCAAGGUUCGUGUUACCUUCUAUGAGAGCUCCAAGCCAUUGGUGGUGACCUCGCCAGAACCCUCAGAGUUCGACCAGUACUUCCCUCAAGACCUCAUAAUGGCCUCACCCAUCACCGACGCCCACACACCCGCCUUUGACAGACAAUUAAGCACGGACAGUGGACGUGACAACCCUUUCCGGCCUGAUGGUGAUAUCUCCCGAGAGGCUGAUGAGAUUGUUCAGCUUAUUAAAUCAGGCCGGCCACUACAAGGGCAGGCAGGCCAACGACCUGGAGACUUCACAGACUCCAUAGAUGGCCCUCAAUCAUCUCCAACUGGAAAAGAGGCUGUCACGGAGCCUCUUUUCUCACCAAAAGAUGCUUCUCCUCAACAGCAACAACAACCGCAGCAACUGCAGCAGCAGCAUCAGCCAACACCAACAGCAGUACCAACAAAGCCAUUGAUGGACAGCACACCAUCGCCCCCAGGGAAGGCAGGUGCCAAUGGAUCAGCAGCACCAGAAAACUCUACGCCAGGCACUGUUGAGGUGACACAUGUCACGGUCACUCCCACAGACGCUGCCCACGUUGAACAUGUUGUCAUUAAGAAGAAAAGCAAGUGUAACUGCUGCGUGAUCCAAUAGUGUGGGCAAAUGGGUGGGCGUGGACAGGGCGAGGGCGUAACACUAGUCGCCCUAGCAGUAAGACUAAGACACGCAUGGAGUAAUCCUGGGGCUAGAAGUGCGGUGUUGCUUGACUUAACAUGUGCUUUGUCUUCUCUGCUGUGUGCACAAUCCACCACGACUCUUAUUAAAAGUGUUCCAAAGAAUGACGAAAAUAUAUUUUAUGUAUCUUAAUAAUUUCUUAUAUAGUUUUCUGCUAGGUAAACAAAAUGGUUAUUUCUCUCUGCUUAGAUUGCCUUCAUUUAAUCACUGAAACACACACUACAUUACUAGUUGGCCAGAUUUAUUAUAUUUCUUUGCUCCUGCGAGUGUCUGCACAGUCAGAAACUCGUAUGUUGCAGGGGAGCCUUCAGGUACUUGCACACUGCCUGCAGCUCCCAAUUGUCUAGGGCCUCACCAGAUACUCAUGAAGUAUCUAGAGAAUGACUAGGCAUUCACAUGGGACUUAAGGAUAGCCUGACAAGUAUUCAGUAAGGUCCAACAAGCACUCGUGUGUUGUAGUGCCUUGGCCUCUAGGCACUCAUCCAGUGUCUUGGGGUAUGCUUGACACUUCUUCAGUGUUUACAACCGGCAGUACACGUCAGUGUUUGAAAGUUAUUAAACACUGAAGCAAUGUCUCUGACAUGACGAGCACUUAUUAAGUGUCUGGAUGUAGUGUGAAGUGUGAUGGAAGAGGCUUCUCUAGGGAGGAAAUCCCUAGUUGAAGAAAUAAGCUCCUUCUAUAGAAGGAUUGUAACUUGAAUCUCCUCAAUUUAACUGACUGAUCAAAUUUUUAUGUGAAUGUAAAUAUUCUUCAUUGCUGAAGUGGAUAAUCCAUAGUGAUAAAAUUUUUAGAAGACUGUAUUGGGAAGGGUCAUUCUGCUUGAGGUUGUAGAAUUUUAUAAAUAAUGUCUGGAGGGGCUGUAAGUCGGAUACUGUAGGUUCCUAUAUAAUGAGGUAUAAUCCUCAAUGUUGUAAGAUUUUUUAUUUAAAGGUUGUACUCCUUGAGUGUGCAAGAUUGUCAGGAGUUAUAAGGAGUGUGGUAUGGCUAUGGUGGUGGCAGUUGCGAGCAAGGUAGAUAGGGAUAACCAUGGUGCUAGGGGCAGUGGGCUAGCCACAUUCUCACAGCUGCUUCACCACUUCCCAUGUCACCCUUCAACAGGGAUAAGAUAUGAUCACAUAGACCAUUGUAAUGGCAGCUUUCUUGGAUGACCAGUUACAUAAUCAUUGCUUCAUAAAGUAAACCUGAUAAAUUCUGUUCAUUUUCGUUAAAACAGUGUGGACAAAUAACCUGGUAUAACCACACAAACGUCUUAAGUAAAUUUUAAUAAAAACUCUUGAAUGUGAGAAAAAUUUCUUCGUGUAAUUUUCACUAGAUGAGGAAGUCAGUCACUUACCUGAAAAUAAACUAUAUUGAAAACUUGUAAAUUUGACAGAUGUGUAAUUUGAGAAUUAAUUUAUCAUCAAUGAUAGUUAAUGCAGUGAAGAAACAGGUAUUGUUCAUGUGUUUGUUAGGUGCAUGUCAAGAGUUUGUAAGCAUUGUGUUCCAAAUGAUGUUGUACAACCUCAGAAUUUGUACACAGUUUGAAUUGACUUUUGUGGUGCAAGAACCCAUGACCUGUAUGAUGAAUGAAAGUUAUUACAUGCUUGUGAUAUGGUUACCUUAUAUUUUUGAGUUUGGAUUUCUUUAGAUAUAAAAUUGAAAAUAUUACACAUUGAUCUCCUUGAUUAAACAAUUCAUUUUAUCUGUAUUUUGCAGCAUUUUAUAUUUCAACAUGAUACUGCCAUAUGGUGAUAAUUUGACACUAUAAAGAAUAUCAGUAUUUGGCAUGAAAUAGGUUUUUACCUCCACUGAUUUUGUUGCGCUGUUUUAUUCCAUUUUUAUUUUACAAAUACUAAUUUCCAGGAAUUUUAGUAACUCGUAGCUCAUUUGAGUUUAGUUCUAUAAUUAACAUAUAGCUCAGUCAAAUUCUAAAUGUGAUAUUUUUUCCACAGUAUAAUAUUGCAGUUUUUUUUCACUGAUAUUUUAUGUAUAUAUAUAUAUUUUUGUUUGUCCAUAUCUGAAAUUUUGAGUUUGUGAAAUUGGCUUGGAAGAAUAAGUGAAUAUAACACUGGCAAACACACUCAUGGUCUUCUAAAAGAUAAUGUUCACAUUAUAAAGGUGUUGUAUAGUACUUUACAUCUCUUCAAUACUUGCGUAGACAGUAUUAGCAACUCAUUUCUUAUCUGUCCAGUACCGAGUGAACAUCAAACUUAACGUAUGCACGUAUAUUGCACUUUUUGGAAUUUUUAAAAUUUUAAAUGAACACAACAAUUAUUAUAUUCUGAAUUUUUAUCUAUUAAUUGUAUAUUUGAGAUUUAAAAUCUUGAUAUAAAAUGAACAUUACACAUUUUUUUGCAAUUAAUACAUUGUAGUUGCACUUUGAAAAAUAGGUUGUUACAUAUUUUAUUUAUUUAUAUUUUUAGCAGGGUAAUUACAUUAUUUCUGACAUUACUUACAGGCUAAGGAAGAAAGAGAAUGUGUACAUAGUUUAUUGAUAGAGGUUCAUAUGUAAAUUUUACAUAAAUUCAUCAUUGUAAAAAGCAUAUAGGAGUAAAGCACUUAGUUCCUUUUGUUAGAUUCAUUCAUUAUAAUGUAAUUGGAAGAUUUUUCUCAGAAGUUAGAUUCUGAGGAACUUUAUGGAGAGAGCACAUUUAUCAAUUCAAAUUAUUAAACUAUAAUGAAUGACAACUUGCUGCCUUCAAGAGGGACUCAAUAUGCAUGGUGAAUUUCUAUGACGAUUAUGUUUAAUACGAUUACAAUGUAGAAUUGUACGUUUCAACACUGUCUUAUUGUGGGAUCUUGUCUUGUGAUGCUGAUGAAUAUCUCCAAAAGACAGGUAUUAUUUGUAGUUAUAUAGACGACUUUAAAAUGUUGACCUAAAGAAACUAAUCAGAAAUGCCAACAAAAAAGUAAAUAUAAAUAUCAGGUGAGCUGUGAAUAUCUGAGUACUACAAAUUCACCUACACACAUAUCCUCAUUGUUUUUGUUGAAUGAAAUUGUCAAUUAUUUUUCUCUUUGUAUACAAGAUCCCCUGUCGAAAGCCUCUAUGCAGAAGCGAACGUUCCAUCCUUAUCCGAUCGCCGUGAUGCCCAUUGCCUGCGCUACUAUGUACGCUCUCAUGAUCUCCGCAAUCCUUCCAUUUAUAGAAUGGUCACUGAUAUUAGUAGACAUUCUUUAUUUGUUCGCCGCCCCUGCUUACUCCGUCCCUUCUCUCUUCGCCUUCAUUCGCUCUUGUCUUCUCUUCAACUACCACCUUUCUAUGUACAUGUAGCAUCUCACUUUUCCCUACCCCCCUGGGAAGUUCCAGCUGUUCGAGUCUGUUCUUUCUCCCUCCCUUGCUCGAAAGCCCAACUGUCUACGGUCGCUUCCCGCUCUCUUUUUCUUGACCACUUUCACUCUCAUUCUCAUGCCAUUGCUGUGUACACAGAUGGCUCUAAGUCUUCUGACGGCGUAGGAUUCGCAGCAGUGUUUCCGGACAGCGUCGUACAAGGGCAUUUACUAUCUUCGGCUAGUAUUUUUACUGCUGAAUUAUAUGCCAUCCUUACAGCACUUAUCCUAUUGCAUCUAUGCCUGUGUCAUCAUUUGUGGUUGUCUCAGACUCCCUUAGUGCUUUACAGGCUAUACAAAAAUUUGAUACACCUCACCCCUUAGUCCUCCGUAUCCAACUUUGGCUACGCCGCAUCUUUACCAAGCAUAAAGAUAUUGUUUUUUUGUUGGGUCCCUGGUCAUGUUGACGUACAGGGCAAUGAACAGGCAGACACUGCUGCGCGGUCAGCAGUACAUGACCUACCAGUUUCUUAUAGAGGUAUUCCAUGUACGGACUAUUUUGCUGUAAUAUCUUCCCACCUUCACACCCGUUGGCAACAACGUUGGUCUACUAUGCUCGGCAACAAACUUCAGUCUAUUAACCGAGUAUAGGUUACUGGCCGUCUUCUUAUCACCAGUGUCGAGGUUGGGAGACUACUCUCUCCCGUCUUCGCAUUGGCCAUACUCGUCUUACUCAUGGAUAUCUCAUGGAGAGGCGUCUUGCUCCUCUCUGUGAGAAUUGCCAAGCUCCAUUAUCAGUCAGCCACAUUCUGUUGGACUGCCCACUUUAUCAACGAGCACGCAGAAUUUACCUCUGUCGUCGUCUUCGCCCGCUGCUCUCUCUUUACCUUCCCUUCUCGCUGAUGGACCCACCUUUCAUCCGGACUCUCUCAUUGACUUUUUGACAACGACUGACUUACUACACAAAUUCUGAUACUUUCAGCCCUUUCUACUUGAAUCUCUUGCUACCCUCUACCCCCGUACUAUCCCCUGCCCCGCUGUUUUCUGUAACCUGCUGAUCAUCCCCCCUCCCUUCUGCCAUCCAAUUCCCUUGCUUCCUUCCCUACCCUGCAGCGCUGUAUAGCCCUUGUGGCUUAGCGCUUCUUUUUGAUUAUAAUAAUAAUAAUAAUAAUUUGUAUACAAGAACAUGUGCAUCAAGAUAUUGUAUAAUGUUACUGUUAUGCAUAAAUAACUGCCAAUACAUCAAAACAUCUUUGCUACUGAAGGUUAUAUAGACUUAUAUACAUAAAUCCAUCUCUUUGUCACAUAUGAUUACAGAUAGGAAGGAGUCUUUGCACACCUUAUACUUGUGGCUUCAUUGUAUAUUGCCAGAAGUUAUAGAUAUCAAACAGCCAAGUACAUAUGGACGUUCCAGUCAAGCUGUGUGUUCUCAAUCUCAGCCCUAACUUUGAUGGUGCCCAAGGUAUAGCAAUUUAUGAACUGCUACACCUGGAACAUCCUUAUGCAUGGUGAUACAUCCUGUUAGAAGCUUCUCCAUAGUAAUAUACUGAAUUUUCUCUGGCCUGUCUGCUUGCAAGUCAGAGGUAGGGAGAAAAAAAUGGGUCUUUAUGGGACGAAGAAUUUCACUAUAUUGUGUGACAGUUAUGGCACAGGGGUUCUGCAUAUACAGUAAUUCUAAAGUCAUGUAAAUAUUAAAUAAAUAUUAUCAGAGGACUAAUGCUUAGAGGGUGUAUGGUUGUAAGUAAACAGGUUAUUAACAUUGUGGCAUGUGAUUUGGGGGAGGGGAGGGAAGAUACAAGUUGACAGGUCAAAAAGAAUCAUACCACCCGCAUAUGGCAUUUUGUCGAUCAUUCAUUAAGGUAGAGGUAAUUACAUGUAUUUGUACCAAAAUCAUUGUGAAAUAUAUAAAUAAUUGCAUAAAUAAAGUGUUUGUUUUCCAGA